AUGACCUACCUAGCGGCAGCUGCACCCUCAGACUGGUCCGGCGGGUAUGGCAGCGGUGGCCACGCUGGAAGAUGCGUUACCCAAGAUCAGGCCACAAAGCUCGUCCACGACUACGCCUUCUUUCUUGCUCACGCCGACCCCAGCCAGCUCCAACAAGCCAAUGCCACCGCUCAGAAGAUCCUUGCCCCCGAUUUUACCGAGCAGUCUGACUCGAUCAAUGGGUUCCUUGGCCUCAAGCCGGGAGACCUCACCUUCUCCAGCAAGGCCGGCUACAUCAACGUGGUAUUGAGCCAGCCACCUAUUUUCGGAAUCACUGAUCUUCAACUUGUCCCAUUCAAUUGCAACCAGAUCCUCUGGUAUUGGAAAUUCGCCAACCCGGGCAAUUUCAAUGCUCCCAUGCCGCCGCAAGCUGUUCAGGGGAUGAACAUUUUCGAUGUCAACGACCAGGGCCUCAUCGAACACGUCAACGUCGAAUUCAGCGUGUUUUACUACGUCGACCUUGGCUUCAAUGUUUCAGGCUUCGCCGGCCCGAUUUCGGGCGUGAACCCUUGA